UUCGUAUUCAACCAACAACAUUGAACCUCUUGAACACAAAAAAAAAAAAAAAUGAAAACAUCUCCUUAGAGGGGUAAAAUUGGAAUUCUAAAAAAUGAGGGGAGAAACUUAAAAAACUGAUCUCAUCAGUUACUCGUAACCGGAAAAAUCAUAUAAAAACACCGCAACGCCUCCUUCCUCCUCCGCUUCUAUAGGUUUCCGUCGUCACACGCCACAUUAUUCGAUUCGUUGACUGCUUUAACGUCCUCUCUCUCUCUCUCUCUCUACUCUUCCCCAAUUCGCCGCAGGUGAUUGAUUACUUCGAAUCGUUUCUCAAUUAUUUGAUCUCACCAGAUCUAUCGCCAAAAGAUGAUCCGAUUAAGAACCUACGCAUGCCUCAGCUUCAUCGCCACCCUCUCCAUAAUCCACCACGCCUUCACCACGCGGGGCCAAUUCUACCCCGCCGCCGUCUACCUCUCCACCUCAAAAAUCAGCCUGAUGCUCCUCCUCAACAUGUGCCUCGUCCUCAUGCUCGCCCUCUGGCACCUCGUCAAGCUCCUCUUCCUCGGCUCCCUCCGCGAAGCCGAGGUCGAGAGGCUGAACGAGCAGGCCUGGAGAGAGCUCAUGGAGAUCCUCUUCGCCAUCACGAUCUUCCGUCAAGACUUCUCCAGCGGAUUCCUUCCCUUGGUCGUUACGCUCUUGCUGAUCAAGGCCUUGCAUUGGCUAGCUCAGAAGAGAGUUGAGUUUAUCGAGACGACUCCUAACGUCUCUAAGCUCGCUCACGUUCGUAUUGUUUCGUUCAUGGCGUUUCUUCUUGUUGUGGAUGGUUUGUUUAUGUAUAGCUCUGUGAGGCAUUUGGUUAGGUCGAGGCAGGCUUCGGUUUCUCUCUUCUUCUCUUUCGAGUAUAUGAUUUUGGCGACGACGACUGUGGCGAUUUUUGUGAAGUAUGUGUUCUUUGUUACUGAUAUGAUUAUGGAUGGUCAGUGGGAGAAGAAGCCAGUUUAUACUUUCUAUCUUGAGCUUAUCCGUGACCUGCUUCAUCUCUCUAUGUACAUUUGCUUCUUCUUUGUCAUUUUCAUGAACUAUGGUGUGCCUUUGCAUUUGUUGAGGGAGCUCUAUGAAACCUUCAGGAACUUCCAGAUUCGUGUUUCUGAUUACCUUCGUUAUCGUAAAAUCACUUCCAAUAUGAACGACAGGUUCCCUGAUGCCACUCCCGAAGAACUUACUGCAAGUGAUGCCACAUGUAUUAUAUGCCGUGAAGAAAUGACAACUGCGAAGAAGCUGAUAUGCGGGCAUCUUUUUCAUGUGCAUUGUCUUCGAUCCUGGUUGGAACGACAGCAGACAUGUCCUACUUGCAGGGCACUCGUUGUACCUCCUGAGAAUGGCACAUCUACUACAGCUGCAGGCCAACGAGGAUUACACCAAGGUUCUCAACAAGGUACUUCAAGCUCAGGUGCCCAGGGCUCUGAAACACGUUCUUCUGCUGGUGGUUCCAAUGAUAGUUUGAGCAGGCACCACGCCAGGCUUCAAGCAGCUGCUUCUGCAGCCGCCAUGUACGGGAAGUCAAUGGUUUAUCCAUCUGCAAACACAAUAGCGUGGUCUCAGCCGGGUCUAGAGAAAGCUUCAACAGAAGCACAUCAUUAUCCUUCAUCAUCAUCCUCUGACCCAACAUCUCAGCUUCCUGGUGAAAACUAUCGUGCCUAUGCAAAUAUCCCAGAGGCUAAGCUGGAAAAUAUGAAGAACUCUUUAGAGACCCAGCUCGAGGUUUUGCGAAACAGACUUCAUUUUCUGGAGAAGAGGAAAGUGGAAACCACAGGGGAAGCAGAUAACAAAGGAAAGACGGUUGUUGAUGCUUCUGUAGAUGGAGCAGAGUGAGUUGAAAAGAAAAUAGAGGGAAAGAAGAAACAAAACGAACUGAGACGGAGCAUAUAGAGAAAGGAGUUAGGCAUUGUGGUUUCUGCUCAAGAAUGACCAAAAAAAAAAAGAUGUACACUGUCGUAGAUUUAAGAAGCUUGAACUGAAACUGAAACCUAAACUUUGUUUUUCCUUUUUUUUUAAUCACUGGGUUGGCAUAUUUACAGGCCAGACUCUUGUACUUCA